AUGGCUCUGUCAACUCUCUUCAGGACCUGGGAGCACUACAAGCAAGGAUUUGGAAACAUUGAUGGGGAGUACUGGCUGGGUUUGGACAGCAUCCAUUGGUUGACAACUCAGGAUGACUACAGACUACUAGUCCUCUUGGAAGACUGGAACGGGCGACAGGUCUAUGCUGAAUAUGACAGCUUUAGAGUGGAAAAUGAGAGGGAACAGUACCGUCUGAGGCUGGGUCAUUACCAGGGGACAGCAGGGGAUUCACUUUCCUGGCACAACAACAAGGCCUUUACGACACUUGACCGGGAUCAUGAUGCUUACACAGGUAACUGUGCCCACUUUCAGAAAGGAGGCUGGUGGUAUCACACGUGUGCCCAUUCCAAUCUGAACGGUGUUUGGUACAAGGGUGGACACUACCGUAGCCGCUACCAAGAUGGAGUCUACUGGGCUGAAUUUCGCGGAGGCUCUUACUCCUUAAGAAAGGUGACAAUGAUGAUAAGGCGUGCCUAACAACAUAUUAUAUCCCGAAUAAAUGACAUAAUGCCACUUCUACCAUCCAAAUGUACUGCAGUAUUACGGACAAGAAUCAAUCCACAUUCUUUGCCAGAAAGCUGCUCUAUGCCAGUUUUGUAAUUAUCUCAUUGAAAUGUAUGUAAUAUUAAUUAUUGCAUGAUUAACAGAUGUGAAAUAACAAGUCGUGCUCAAGUUAUUUUUUUUUCCUGUUAUAAUGAAUCAUUUAAAGAUGCACUUACAGUUGGCUGCUUGUCCAUUCUACAUUCCUGUUAUCAGCCCCAACCACGUCCUCUUCAACGCCUUUGCUACUAAGCAAUUUUGACGCCCAAGUA